AUGUCCUCCACCGAGGUGGGCCUCUUUCAGGCGAACGAGGUGCACAGCCUCCCGGGGCCUCAGUUCCAGGAACUUUUGGCCUCGGCCGCGAGCUCUCCAAACCUGGUGGACAUUCUCAUCAGCACCCGUGGCAUCAGCUCCGGGGUCCCGCACCUGGUGUUCUACGUGGAGGUGGAUGCCACCCUGGGCUUGACUUCGCACCAGGUACCCCGGACGCUGGAUCCAUCCUGGCCGGCCCUCGGCACCCCCGGCCCGGGGCGGUCCUUCUUCCUCGCCUCCGAAACGACUCUCAGCCAUGUGACCCUGGACAGUGCGUCGCAGGUGCUCAUCCAGGACUUCCCCCUCAGUCGGGCGGCUUUCGACAUGGUGGCCACCCGGCUCCUGUCCCUGCCCGCGGCCUGCCCGGCUGGGGACCUGGUCUUCCUCUUUGACGAUGCCUCGGUCCGGGUGGAGGUCUGCUUUGACGCUGCCAAUGGCCCGGUGGAUACCAUCACCGGGCGACUUCCCCCCGAGGCGUCAGCCAAUGGCCGCUUCAUCAAUCCCGGGCUCAAGUCCAUGAGGCAGCUUCUCCCCUUUCUCUACUACCUGGAUGUUGAUGGCCCGGAAAGCUCCCUCUGGCGGGCCGAGGUCAGCCUCCCCGGGGGGCUUGUUUGGCGCCGGGUUAUUCCCCCCUCGCUGGCGGCCGGUCUACUUUCCAGCGCCUACUUGGCGCUCCUUGACACGACUCGCGGCCUGGAAUGGACCUUGAUCGUCAAUGGUGCAGCUCUUUGGGAUGAGGUGGCCUUCGGCUGCCAUACCGAUCCCACCAUUCAGUGCGACCAGCCCUCUCUCACCGACCGGACCACGUAUGGCUGGUUGUGCAAGUUCGGCCGCGAUACCAGCCCCUUCGUGGAGGAUGACCGUCUUUGUGCUGGCUGCGCGGCUGGCCGCUAUCUCGACCGCGACUCCUCCCCGAGCCCGGAGCUCACGACAUCCGGCAACCAGAUGGAAUCCUUCCCCGGCAUUGCUCAGGUCAUCACGGUAAGCGAUACCCACCUUGUGGCUGGCAGUGUGGCUGGCUCGGCCAUUCUCCUGCCCAGGGCCAUGCAGAACCCGGGCUCCCCGCGCGCUGGACUCCUGCUCUUCAGCAAGGCGGGCCCCGUUCACCUGGCCCCAGGUGCCUCGAACGGCCAGCCCAAAGACCUGCCAGCCACCCCGGCGGUCGACUUCCUCACAAGCCCUGGCAUCCAGAAGAUCACUUUCUACGCGGAAAUCGGCCCUGUCCUGUACAGCAAGCAUGCCAUCAUGGGCGUGGCCUUUUGCAGCGACCACAAUGGCGGGGGGUACUUCACCAUCCACUGCCCAGUCGCCAACAAUGGCAGCCCCUCGGACGCCUGCUUCAUCAACAAUGCGCGAGACAUCCCCUCACUGAUCGGCAAUUGCCGGGCCGCCCGGCGUAUGGGCCCUCGGCAUAUGGCAUUGGAGGCGGCCACCGGCAUGUCCUUCCUGCUUGAGCUCCUGGACGGUGGAGCUCUCAGUGUCCGUGAGGGACCAGCCGGCAGUCUGGCUCCGCUGCUCGCCGACAUGCACUUCUCUAUGGAGCCAUCGAUCGGCCCAUUCAGAUGGACCCUAUGGAUGGAUCGGGAUGGCAUGGGAACCUUCUUCCCGACCGACAUGCCGAUGAAUGAUCCCCGACAUGCGGCCCUCGAAAGCCAGGCCUGGCAGCCCAUUGGCAGCCCCGGCACAGUGGUUCUCCUCCGCACGGGCACCGCCCCCGAUGCCGGGUUCGAACUGGUGGUCACGGCCUUCCGCGGCCACAGCACCUGGGAGGCGGCCAUCCUGCCACGCGGGCUGAUCCCCGGGAACCGGAAUCGCCAGAUGCCGCUGGCGCCGCAGGUCCUCACCCGAUGGACCACCCUGCCGGACUUGGUCUCGCUGUCCAUCCGGGCCAUCGACCUCUUCACGCAUCCGAUGUACCCGUCCGCCUUGCUGCUGACGUCCAGCGACGUCUUUGCCGUGGCUCCCCUGCGGUGCCCCGGCGCCGGCGCCCCAUGCGCCUUUGUCCCGGCCAGCGUCUACAUCCAGCCCAACACCCUGCUUGCGCCGGGGUGGACCGGGGUCGUGGUGCGGCCCAGCCCGCCGACCGACGACGACCCGCCGAACCUCAUGCUGUCGUUGCUGAUUUCCUCGAACGUGGACAGCUCCAUCUCUCGGAUGGACUUCCUGUCGGAAUGCCCGCCCGGCACCUUUGGCCCGGGCUGCGACCCUUGUGACCCGGCUUGUCUCGAGUGCACGGGCCCCGGGCCGGCGGCCUGCACCUCCUGCCAGGCGGCCCUCGAUUUCGACCCCUUCAACUGCCUGGCCGAGUGCCCCCUCGGCUUGACCCUUGACUCGAGUCGCAUUUGCCGAUGCCACGAAACUUGCACCACAUGCUCCAUCGAGACGCCGGGCGGCGGAUACGAGUGCAUCCGCUGCAAUAAGGGAUACGCCCGCGCCUCGGAUCCCGCCACGCCGGAGCGGUGCUACCCCUGCUCGUCCCAGUGCUACGAGUGCCUGGUGGCGCAGGACCCGACGGCCUGCACCCGGUGUCUCCCGGGAUCCUUCCUCGAUGAGGGGGCCUGCAGGACCGACUGUCAGCCGGGCUACUGGGGUGACAUCCUUUCGAACGAGUGUGUCGCCUGCCCGGAUGGCUGCACCACCUGCAUCUCCGGCCGCAUUUGCUCCACCUGCCAAACUGGCUUCUUCCUGCCCUCGAGUUCGGACGUGUGCCAAGGGUGCUCGCCCUCGUGCGGCUCCUGCGCCGAGUCCACCAGCUGCAUGACCUGCGCUCCGGGGCUCGUCUUCCUGGAUCCCGACCCGUUGGCCGCUUCUCUUUGUGGGAGUGCCUGUCCGCCGGGCCUCUUCGCCGGGGCCACGCGGUGCACCGAGUGCGAUGAAAGCUGUGCUCUGUGUCAAGGGACCGAAGCGGCCUGCGAGCAGUGCAGCGAGGGCUUCCGCUGGGCGUCCGCCCCUCCGGGCCCUGGUGCCACGGCCCCAUGCCUUCCCUGUGAUGUGGGCUGUGCCUCUUGCACGAUGGACAUCUGUCUGACAUGCGUUCCUGGGCACUUCCUGACCAUCGACGAGCAGUGUGUUUCCGCCUGCCCGUCGGGCUUCUGGGCCGACACCUGGUCCGGCCGGUGCAUCCCCUGCCCGGCUGGCUGCGCGUCCUGCUCCUCGGCCAACAUGUGCUCCGCCUGCCAGCCGGGCCACUUCCUGCCCCCCGGCUCGGGCACAUGCCUGCCCUGCGACGGCUCGUGCGGCACCUGUGCCGAGGCCGGCACCUGCGCCACCUGCCGGCCGGGGCUGGUGUUCCUGCAGCCCGACCCGCAGGUGGCCUCCCUGUGCGCGAGCACCUGCCCCCCGGGCGAGUAUGUCGGGCCCAACCGAUGCACCGAGUGCCACAUCUCCUGCGCCCUGUGCGUCGGUGCAGCCGACCGGUGCCAGGUGUGCGGCCCGGGACACCGGUGGGCUGGGACCCCGCCGGCAGCCGGCGCCACGGGCCAGUGUGUCCCCUGUGAUCCGGGUUGCGCCUCGUGCACGGCCGACCGGUGCCUGGCCUGCGAGCCGGGGCUCUUCCUCGACUCACACGGUGACUGCGUGAGCACCUGCCCGGAUGGGACCUUCGCCGACGCCGAGUCGUGCCAGCCGUGCGACCUGAGUUGCGCCACCUGCGUCGGGGGCGCCGCCGACCAGUGCGCCAGCUGCGCGGCCGGGCUGGACUUCGUGCCGCCCAGCGCCUCGGCCGGCACAUGUGUGUCGGGCUGCCCGGAGGGCCAGUACCGGGACCGUGUCUCCGGCGACUGCUUGCCAUGCGACGCGGCGUGCGCCACGUGCAAUGGCCCGUCGGACAAGGACUGCUGGCGCUGCGCCAGCGGCGUGCUGCAGGACGGCGACUGCGUGCAGCACUGCGCCGCGAAGCAUGUGGCCCUGGCCGGGCGGUGCCUGCCCUGCCAUGCGUCGUGCGACCAGUGCGCCGGGACCCGGAGCACCGAGUGCCUGCCGGCCUGCCCGAGCGAGCUGCUGGCCCUGCCGGCCGGCGAGUCGCCCAUGCGCUGCGUGCCGGCCUGCCCGGCGGGCCACACCCGCACCGCGGCCGGGUGCGCCAAGUGCGGCGACCACUGCGCCAGCUGCCCGGCGAGCGCGGCCACCUGCGCCCUGUGCGAGCGCGGGUGGCUGCUGGACGUGCCGAGCUGCGUGGCCUCCUGCCCGGUCGGAUCCUCGCCCCAGGGCGGACUGUGCACCACCUGCCAUGGGACCUGCACCACCUGCUACGGUCCCGAGUCGGACCAAUGUCUGUCUUGCAGUGCGAGCUCCCCGCUGCUUGUGAACAACAGCUGCCAUGCCGUCUGCCCGGCGGGCAUGUACCGGAGCGAGCAAAUCUGCCUUCCAUGCAGCACCGCCUGCGCCGCCUGCUCGGGGCCCAGCUCCACCCAUUGCACCGCCUGCCACAUGGGCCGCGUUCUCCACGAUGGCACCUGCUUUGCGGCCUGUCCGGGCGGGUUCUUUGCCGACGAGGGCGCCUGCCGCCCCUGCCAGGCCACCUGCCUGACGUGCGACUCGCCGAGCAUGUGCACCUCCUGUGCCCCGGGCAAGCUCCUGGACCCGGCCGGGGCCUGUGUGGACGUCUGUCCCCCGGGGACCCACGUAUGCGUCGCCUCCGGCCGGUGCAUCGCCUGCCCGGACCACUGUGCGGCGUGCGACUCGCGCCGCGACUCGUGCGAGCCCGACUGCACGGCCUGCCGCGGGGGCUUUGUCCUGUCGGCCGGCCGGUGCAUGGGGUCCUGCCCGGCCGGGGAGUUCCUCCCCCCCGGGGACGCGCCGGCCUGCCUGGCCUGUCGCGCCCCCUGCCGCACGUGCGCCAGCGCCGAGGACACAUGCACCUCCUGCACCGAGGGGCUCCUGCAGCCGGAUGCCGGCCUAUGCGUAUCUUCCUGCCCCCCGGCCCAUGCGCCGUCCGGCGGCAUCUGCCUGGCCUGCCCGGACAAGUGCGAUGCCUGCCAGGCCGGCUCACAGCAACAACAACAGCAACCGGACUGUGCCCCGGGCCCGGGCGGGCUGCUGGUCUGCGCGCCGCUCGGGUCCUGCGCCCGCUGUGUGCCGGGGCUGCUGCUGCUGGACGGCCAGUCAUGCGUGCCGGCAUGCCCGGUUGGCACAUUCCCCGACGACCAGGCCCCGGUGCCGGUGUGUGCCCGCUGCGAUGCCAAGUGCAAGGCCUGCAGCGGGCCGGGCCCGGGAGAUUGCGAACGCGACGGCGACUGCGUGCAGCACUGCGCCGCGAAGCAUGUGGCCCUGGCCGGGCGGUGCCUGCCCUGCCAUGCGUCGUGCGACCAGUGCGCCGGGACCCGGAGCACCGAGUGCCUGCCGGCCUGCCCGAGCGAGCUGCUGGCCCUGCCGGCCGGCGAGUCGCCCAUGCGCUGCGUGCCGGCCUGCCCGGCGGGCCACACCCGCACCGCGGCCGGGUGCGCCAAGUGCGGCGACCACUGCGCCAGCUGCCCGGCGAGCGCGGCCACCUGCGCCCUGUGCGAGCGCGGGUGGCUGCUGGACGUGCCGAGCUGCGUGGCCUCCUGCCCGGUCGGAUCCUCGCCCCAGGGCGGACUGUGCACCACCUGCCAUGGGACCUGCACCACCUGCUACGGUCCCGAGUCGGACCAAUGUCUGUCUUGCAGUGCGAGCUCCCCGCUGCUUGUGAACAACAGCUGCCAUGCCGUCUGCCCGGCGGGCAUGUACCGGAGCGAGCAAAUCUGCCUUCCAUGCAGCACCGCCUGCGCCGCCUGCUCGGGGCCCAGCUCCACCCAUUGCACCGCCUGCCACAUGGGCCGCGUUCUCCACGAUGGCACCUGCUUUGCGGCCUGUCCGGGCGGGUUCUUUGCCGACGAGGGCGCCUGCCGCCCCUGCCAGGCCACCUGCCUGACGUGCGACUCGCCGAGCAUGUGCACCUCCUGUGCCCCGGGCAAGCUCCUGGACCCGGCCGGGGCCUGUGUGGACGUCUGUCCCCCGGGGACCCACGUAUGCGUCGCCUCCGGCCGGUGCAUCGCCUGCCCGGACCACUGUGCGGCGUGCGACUCGCGCCGCGACUCGUGCGAGCCCGACUGCACGGCCUGCCGCGGGGGCUUUGUCCUGUCGGCCGGCCGGUGCAUGGGGUCCUGCCCGGCCGGGGAGUUCCUCCCCCCCGGGGACGCGCCGGCCUGCCUGGCCUGUCGCGCCCCCUGCCGCACGUGCGCCAGCGCCGAGGACACAUGCACCUCCUGCACCGAGGGGCUCCUGCAGCCGGAUGCCGGCCUAUGCGUAUCUUCCUGCCCCCCGGCCCAUGCGCCGUCCGGCGGCAUCUGCCUGGCCUGCCCGGACAAGUGCGAUGCCUGCCAGGCCGGCUCACAGCAACAACAACAGCAACCGGACUGUGCCCCGGGCCCGGGCGGGCUGCUGGUCUGCGCGCCGCUCGGGUCCUGCGCCCGCUGUGUGCCGGGGCUGCUGCUGCUGGACGGCCAGUCAUGCGUGCCGGCAUGCCCGGUUGGCACAUUCCCCGACGACCAGGCCCCGGUGCCGGUGUGUGCCCGCUGCGAUGCCAAGUGCAAGGCCUGCAGCGGGCCGGGCCCGGGAGAUUGCGAACGCGUGCCCGGGUCGAGCUCAUCGCGCAUCGGCCUGGCCGUGGGCCUGUCGUUGGGCCUGCUGCUGCUGCUGAUCCUGCUGAUCCUCCUGGUGCUGUUCUGCGUUCGCCGGCGCGCCAAGGCCGGGCCCGCCGCCCUGAAGGAGCUGGACGCCGAGGACGCCACCAUGCUGAACACCAUCGUGGAGCUGGCCCUGCCGGGGACCAUCCUGGUGGACAUUGACUUGGACUUCCGGCCGUUGGACGAGCAGCUGGGCGCCGGGACCCAGGCGUCGGUGUAUGCGGCGCAGGCGAUCGGCGCUGGCAUCGCCGCGCGGCUGGGCACCCCGGAAGCCGUGGCCGUGAAGAAGAUGCGGACCGAGGCCAUGCAGCCGGUGCACUUCCUCAUGUUCCAGAACGAGGUGGCGCUGAUGUGGCUGCUGCGCGACGCGCCGAACAUCGUCCGGCUGUUCGGGUACAGCGAGCAGCCGCCGGCCAUCGUGAUGGAACGCUACCAGACAGAUCUGGACACGCUGCUGCACUCGGAGGUCCCCCUAUCAAGCCUGCAGCUGGCGGACAUCUGCCAGCAGUGGGCCACCGGGCUGGAGGCCAUGCACGCGCACGGGAUCGCCCACUGCGACCUGAAGCCGGGCAAUGUGUUUGUGAGCCAGCGCCCGGACGGGGGCUGGCGCGCGGCCCUCGGCGACCUGGGCACCUCGCGGAACCUGAGCACCGACCGGUCGUCGGCCCUCAUCAGCACCCUGCCCGAGCUGAAUGCCAUGACCGUGCGGUACGCCAGCCCGGAAGUGCUGACGGCCUUUGUGCGUGGGGUCCCUCUCGAUCGGUCGCUCCUCCUGCCGGCGGACAUCUUCAGCGCGGCGGUCAUGCUUUGGGAGUGCCUCGCCCGGUCGACCCCGUGGCGGGGCAUGGAGCUCUCUCAUGUUGUGGACGCCGUUCAAGCGGGCCGCCGGCUUCCCACCGACAGCCUGCCCACUGGCGGCUGCUUCGCCGGGUCGGUGGACCUGCUUGUCACCUCCUGGCAGGAAGAUGCCUCCCGGCGUCCCAAUGCCGGCACCUUCCGCCAGCGGUGCGCCAUGCUCUUUGUGGCAGCCGGUGGCCUCGACGCCACGGCUUAG